AAAGUUAGAAAUCUAUUGCUUGCUUGGAGUGCUCUUAGCGCAGGUUCACAUCCUAUCUUAUCAAAGAUAGCUUAGAGCGUCAGUCAAUCCGGUGGGAAGCGCAAUUCCAGCGAUUUAGAGGGUCGAUCUUUCUGGUGGGGAGCGCACUUCCAGCACUGAGUUGCCUCUUUUCUGGGGAUUGUGCAGAAAGCGUUCUUCAUGUCAGACAAUCGUCCCCAAACCCCUUUGUAUCCAUUGCUUCCAACUACUCUUGUCCUUCCCAUUGAUCUCUCACUCUCUAUGCGAUAGUCAGACUUAGCCAGUAACUUACUUCUUCAUCAGUUAUGAAUCUCCUGUCUUCCUCCUUGAUUCCCACUGUUUUCCUGACUCCCAAAAUGAGAGAAUGCAGAAUCUCUUCAGGUGGAUGGUGCUUUGCUUUACUGCUCAGCAUGGUGGCCGCCUCCAUCCUCCCAACAGAUGCUUGCUCUGGUGGAUCAUGCCAGCUUCUUGAGAGUUGCUCAGCCACUGGUGAUUGUGGUCCGGGUCUUUACUGUGGCAAUUGCCCUCUUGUGGGGAAGGAUCAGACGAUCUGUAUGAGAGGUCAGGCUACCCAAGUGACUUCUGUAGUGAACGGGCUGCCUUUUAACAAGUACACAUGGCUUGUGACACACAAUGCAUUCUCCAUUAUUGGUGAACCAUCCUUCACUGGAACCUCAAGGGUCACAUUCUAUAACCAGGAAGACAGUGUCACCAAUCAGUUGAUAAAUGGUGUGAGAGGAUUGAUGCUGGACAUGUACGAUUUCGAAGGUGAUAUCUGGCUCUGCCAUUCUUUUGGAGGACAGUGUUAUAACUUCACUGCUUUUAAACCCGCGAUUUCUACUUUGAAAGAAGUGGAAGCAUUUUUGGCAAGUCAUCCUUCUGAAAUUGUCACCAUUUUCAUCGAGGAUUAUGUCCAUGCUCCCAACGGUCUGACGAAACUCUUUACUGAUGCCGGGUUGAUGAAGUACUGGUUUCCAUUGAGCCAAAUGCCUGCAGAUGGUAAAGAUUGGCCUACAGUAACUGAGAUGGUGAAUAACAAUCAGAGGCUUUUGGUUUUCACAGACAACGGGUCAAAGGAGAAAGACGAAGGAAUCGCUUACCAAUGGAGAUAUUUGCUGGAAAAUGAGCCUGGAGAUGGAGGUAUGAAAUCAGGAUCAUGUCGAAACAGAGGGCAAUCGCAAGCAUUGAAUUCAAAAUCAUCAUCCUUAUUACUGCAGAACUACUUUCCCUCAUUUCCAGUACAAAUUGAUAGCUGCAAGGAGCAUUCAACCAGUUUGGCUGAAAUGGUUGGCACUUGCUAUAAAGCAGCCGGGAAUAAGAUGCCAAAUUUUCUUGCUGUGAAUUUCUACAUGAGGAGUGAUGGAGGGGGCGUGUUCGAUAUCAUUGACUGGAUGAAUGGUCACACUAUAUGCGGAUGCAGUACCGUCUCUGCAUGCCAGGCAGGAGCACCACCAGGUUCAUGUAAAAACUCUAAUAUUCCUGUCAGCAAUCCAUCCAGUGAAAAUGGCAGGACAACAUACUCAGGGACCAUACAGUUUACAGGAUUGUCUUCUUCUGCAACCCGUCACAGUCACUACCACAUUGGCAGGCUGUUUUUCUUGAUAUUUUUUGUGUUCUGAUGAGGUUCCUUUUGGUCCGUUUGUUUUUAUCUUACUAUCUUUCAAUUUGGGAAAUUUUCUUUGAAAUUUUUCCUGUGGCCCAUGAUGCGGUGAGAAUUUGAGGCAUCAUCAAUGUGUAAAACAAUCAUGUUUUCCCACUCUUUUGGGGAUAAAGAAGAGAUAAAUAUCUAGUAAUACCUGCUAAUUCUUUGUUUUUUGGUA